UCAAGUUGUUUUUACUUUUUAUUACGGCUUUAAACAAAACUGGCUAUGUCUAUGUGAUACAGGUUUUAUAAUUUGUAUUUAAAUUCUAAACUCCACAUAAUAGGACCGGAAUAGGCACUAAGAUAUCUAAAACGUGUUCGCCCCCUUAAAAAUUAACUGCUUUGUCUCGUAGUUAAAUAUUUGAAUCGUAUCUCCUGAACUCAUGUAGCUUAUAAAAUUAAUCCGGUACCGGUAUUAAAAAGUGUGGUUAUGUAACUAUUCCAGCUAAAAAGUGUUCGUUGUUUUUUCUUUUUAAUGAUGCCAACGUAUUGCGAAACGCCUCCAGAGCACCUCCAGUCUAAGACAAUUAUAGUGAUACAUCCUGGCUCUUUAAACCUCCGAAUAGGGCGUGCGUCCGACCUGAACCCCUUGACGAUUUUACACGCCAUAGCUCGCCGUUGUCUGAAUAAAAAAUACCAGUAUAGGGACUCAUUCCUCCCCCCGCGAAUAGAUUUGAGCCAGCCUCAAGAGUUCGAAGACGCCCGUCUUUCCGUCUCCCACACUUUGCAGUCGUGUCUGCAAUCGGACGGCCGCCGGCGCUAUGCGACGCCCCCUCAGCAAAUCGCCGCCUUCAACCGCCGGGCCAAACCCGAGAUCUUGGGGCCCAGUGGCGGCGAAUGGCUCAAAGUCGAAGGGGACACAGUGAUAGGAAACGACAUUUUGAAACUCGACCCUAAAGAAACCUUCAACAUUCAUUUCCCGUUCAAAAGGGGCGACUUUAACAUACAUCCAGGGCCGGGGGGCUCCAUGACUUCAGUAUUAGUAGACUUAGAAACCAUCUGGACGCACGUCCUCGAGACGCACUUCCAGAUCGAGAAAAAAGAUUUCAAACACCACAAAGCCGUGCUUAUUAUACCGGACGUCUAUAAUAGGACGUUCCUGAGGGAACUAAUGUACUUAUUAUUGCAGAAAAUGGGGUUCGGGAGCUGUUUUCUAGUUCAAGAUCAUGUUGCUGCCACUUUUGGCUCAGGUUUAAGUUACGCGUGCGUGGUGGAUGUGGGGGACCAGAAAACUUCGGUUUCGUGCGUUGAGGACGGUAUUUGUCACCCCAAUACCAGGGUUCGGCUAGAGUAUGGAGGUGGCGACAUCACACAGAUUUUCUACUGGUUGUUACAAAAGUGUGCUUUUCCUUACAAAGAAUGUAACGACCAGAAUAAGCUAGAUUCGAUGUUACUGCGCAAAUUGAAGGAAGAUUUCUGCCAUGUUAACUUGGAUAUUUGUGGCUCGCAAGAAAAGACUUUGAUUUUGAAACAGCCGGGAAAGCCAAUUUUGAAAUACACCAUCCAAGUGGGCGAUGAGUGUAUAGUGGCGCCGCUUAGCAUGUUUAGCCCGGAACUAUUCGGAAUAACGGGCGUUAAGACUAUAAGGACUCAGAAGGCGUCAAGUGGGGAUCCGGAGGAUCCCCACGAUGAAAACUACUUGCGUGAUAUAAGACGGAAAGGAAUGAAAGAUAACAUGGAACCGAGCACUUCCGAUCUGCUCAGUGAACCAUACUUAGAGCAAUCACAAAAUCCCACAAACGAGGAUGAUGUUGUUGUGGAUGCGAUCGAUACGGUGGCACCCAGCUAUGACAAAGAGUUUGUGAUCGCGCCAGGUCAGAUCUUGGGUCUUGACCAGGCGGUUCUGCAAAGUAUCGACAGAUGUCCCAAUGAGGACCUCAAGCGCAAAAUGUACGGUUGUAUUUUAAUAGUUGGCGGCGGGAUGAAAUUUUCAGGAAUCGGGACGUGGCUUCAGAACCGCAUUUCACUUCAAAUUCCAUACUUAUACCGCGCGGAACAGCUUGAUAUUAUAACAAAUCCCAGAGAUAUGGACCCGGCCAUGGUAGCAUGGAAAGGCGCUUGCAUAAUGUCCUGUCUGGAGACGGCUCAUGAAUUGUGGAUUUUGGCCUCUGAGUGGGAAAAAUACGGGGUGCGAGUGUUGCGGGAAAGGGCGCCUUUCACAUGGUGAUUUGUUUCGAAAUAAAGUUUUGCACGAGUA